AAGCGGAAGCCGGCGACGAGGGCUCAGCGCAGCAUGGCGGCGCUCGGCGAGGGCCCGGCGGCGGGCGCGGGGUUCUUCCCACCGCUGAGCGCCGAGGACGAGGAGCAGCUGCCGGCCGAGAUCGAGUCGCUGUGCAUGGCCUGCUACCGCCGAGGCGUGACGCGGCUGCUGCUGACCAGGAUCCCCUUCUUCAGGGAGGUCAUCGUCGGCUCCUUCGCCUGCAGCAGCUGCGGGUGGACCAACUCGGAGAUCCAGUCAGCCGGCCGCAUCCAGGAUCGCGGGGUGCGCUACGCCCUCGCGGUGAAGAGCAGGCAGGAUAUGAAUAGGGGAGUGGUGAAGACUGACAGUGCCACAGCUAGAGUCCCAGAGCUAGACUUUGAAAUCCCUGCUUUUUCCCAGAAGGGAGCUCUUACAACCCUGGAAGGGAUACUUGACAGAGCAAUAGCAGGACUGGAGCAGGAUCAGCCGGACCGCAGAAAAACAGACACUGAAGUGGCAGGAAAGAUUGACAGGUUCAUCUCUAAGCUGAAAGGCCUGAAGGACGUGGAGUCGGCCUUCACCUUUAUUCUCGAUGACCCUUCAGGAAACAGCUUUGUGGAGAACCCCUAUGCCCCGCAGAAGGACGAUGCCCUGGAGGUUACCCACUACAGGAGGACGGCUCAGCAGGCAGCUCUGCUUGGCCUAGAGGCAGAGGGCUCGGAGGAAGACUCGGCUGACUCUGCGGAGGAUCUGAGGAAUGAGGUGCUGCAUUUCAGCACCAACUGUCCGGAAUGCAACGCUCCUGCCGGCACGAACAUGAAGCUGGUGCAGAUUCCCCAUUUCAAAGAAGUCAUCAUCAUGGCUACCAACUGCGACUCCUGUGGGCACAGAACAAAUGAGGUUAAGUCGGGGGGAGCCAUUGAGCCUUUGGGGACCAAGAUAACCCUUCACGUGACGGGCCCUGCAGACAUGACCAGGGACAUUCUGAAGUCUGAAACUUGCAAGGUGCAGAUUCCAGAGCUGGAGUUUGAGUUAGGAAUGGGAGCGCUGGGUGGAAAAUUCACCACUCUAGAAGGGUUGCUGAAGGAUAUCCAGGGUCUGGUGGAGAAGAACCCAUUCACCCUGGGAGAUGGCUCCUGCCCUGACAAAGCAGAAAAACUAUGUGCCUUCGGGAGGAAGCUCCAGCAGAUUGUAGAGGGGCAGAUGAAGGUACAUCUUGUCCUGGAUGAUCCUGCGGGAAACAGUUACCUUCAGAACGUGUAUGCUCCCGAAGAUGACCCGGAGUUGCAUAUGGAGCGAUACGAGCGGCUGUUUGAACAAAACGAAGAGCUGGGCUUGAACGACAUGAGAACGGAGGGCUACGAAGCAGACUCUUCCUCCCAUCGGUAGCCGAGCUGGUGCGCUGGGCACUCUGUGUAGAGAACUGGACUGCUAUGGUUCGAGCUUUUGCCAAUCAUUUUUCUUUGGCGUGAAGUAGCUUGUUGUCAAGAUUGAAUUUGCCCUACACGUAGAUGGCAGGGUAGGCUGACCCAAGUAUUAAAACUGAGGCAUCACUGACCCGAAAGCUGGUUUCAUGUCUGGGAGAAAAGGGCACUGUGCACAGUGAAAAGCAACCCUCUUCCUUCUCCCUGUUGUGGGUGGUGGUCCUGCAGUGUCACUUGGCACUCGCAUGUGAACUAGGCGUGGCACGGUGUAGGAAUGGGAGGACCACCAGCUCCUUGUGGCUGCGAGGCUCUGGGCCUUUGCCUCCCCAGGGCAGUUGUUGUCCUUAUCUUGUUUAUUUCAGAAC